GGCAGUCGUGAGUCGGCCAUGGCUGGCCAGUAGCGUACGACGCUCCGCAUAGCGCGCUCUCAGUACUGAUACGCGGAAGAAAAGUUUUUUUUUUUUUAAUUUACCAGUGUGGUGUUAAGUGUUGUGUGUUUAUAUUAAACAGGCAUUGUCUCGCUGUGUUCACGUUGCUAGUUUCUGUUCACGGUGAAUGGAAAAAGGGAAAAAAUAAAGGAAAAGUGUGUAAAGCGACGCUUUUUCUUCUUGAAGUAAUAUAGUACUGCGACAGUGUAGUGGCGUACAAAAGAAACUUCGAACUUAAAGUUUUGAUGCGUAGGCAUGCGUCCUAAACCAAACAAAGAUGGCGGAUAGAACUGAGUGAUGUGCCCGCAAAGUGAUAAACCAUGGCUAUGCGAUAUGACGUCAGCAUGGAGCAUAACUUCCUCCCCGCCGACCCCCCACCCGCGUCCGACGCGGUGUACCAACCGAGGACAGACCUGGCGACAGAGUACUUCAACACGUUCAACCAAAUAUGCGAGAACUACAGGCCGGAAUCCGACGUGAACCUGCGACAGACGUCGGACUCGUUGCGACUGACGUCGGAAAUACUCGACGGCGGCAGAGAGGAGUUCAUCAGUACCGACUUUAUCGGCAAGUCGAAGGAUUACCACAAUGAUUAUCCGGAGAAGGUUUUCCUCAGUGCGAAAGAGGAGCAGAUAUUCCAGUUUGGACAGCCCGACGCGUCAGCUCUCCUGAGGCAUAGAGCCAGGAGAAGAUACAAUGAAGAGCAUGGUCUCCAACCUCCGCCCGCCACCAGCCAGGAGAGUGGGUAUGGCAGCGAUGAGUUCGGGCACGACUCGCCCAGCCGGUACGCGUCGCCGAAGGGCGCGGGCGGCGGCAGCUACCAGGAGCCGUACUACGGCGGCGAGUGGGCGGGCGGCUACUACCAGCCGCCGCCGCCGCCCUACCACCACGACGUGUACGCCACGUCUCCGGGCAUAGCGGGCGCGCCGGCGGCGGAGUCAGGCGCGGCGGGCGGCGCGGAGCUCCCGCUGCCGCCCAUGUCGUCGUUCCGUGCGGCGGCGCCCGUGCACUCGCCCAGCGACCCCAUGCUGCCCAAGCCGCCCAUGUACGCGGGCGCGGCCAGCACGCCGGGCGCGGGCGGUGAGGCGGGCAGCCUGUCGUCGUACGGCUCGUCGCCGUCCACGCCGGUGCACUCUCCCCCGCCGCUACAUGCGCGUCUCUAUCCGCCGCUCAAGCACUCGCCGCACCAUGCGCACCAUCAGCACCACAACGGACAGCAAGCGAACUGGGUGUCGACAGGGGUGUCGUCUCCCCCCACAGCGUCCACACCGCACGCGCCGCUACCCGGGCCCGUCAUACCCAACGGACACCAGCACGUCGUGUUCCCUCCUGUCAUGGGUGCGCCGGCGGAGCAGAGGCAACUCGACGAGGCCAUGGUCUUCCUGCGCGAGCACUCCGACGUUGGGGGUGCGCGGAUGGAGGAGCGGCUGGACGACGCCAUCAACGUGCUGCGCAACCACGCCGAAGCCCCGGAGCUGUACCCCCAGGACGUGCACCAUCCGCACCAGCCCCCGCCAGUGAGUCGGGUGGGCGUGCCGGGCGCGCUGCCGCACCUGCACUCGGAGCCGCCCGUCAAAAUGGAGCGACACUUGCUGCCCAACACCAAGAAACGCAAAGAGCCGCCGGAUUCGGGUCUGGAUUCGAAGCCGUCAUCGUCCGGCUCCGCGGACGCCAAGGGGCCGGGCUCCAAGCGCUCGCGACGGUAUGGGUACAGCUGCUCCUCCGCGGACGAGGACGCGGACCUCGACCCCGACGCCAAGGCGGCGCGUGAGAGAGAGCGCAGACAGGCCAACAACGUGCGAGAGAGUUGCUCGUCCGCCGACGAAGGUGACGAUGAGAUGGACCCCCAAGCCAAAGCACUGCGCGAGAAAGAGAGGCGGCAAGCCAACAAUGCUAGGGAAAGGAUACGGAUAAGGGACAUAAACGAAGCUCUCAAGGAGCUGGGCCGGAUGUGCAUGACCCACCUCAAGAGUGACAAGCCACAGACCAAGCUGGGCAUCCUCAACAUGGCCGUGGAGGUCAUCAUGACCUUAGAGCAACAAGUUAGAGAACGCAACCUGAACCCUAAGGCGGCGUGUUUAAAACGGCGCGAAGAGGAGAAGGCGGAGGACGCCCCCAAGUUGCUCGCCGCGCCCCUCCAUCACUACCAGCCCAUGCCUGGCAUGGGCCAGAUAUCAGGUCAACCCCCCUCAGGGCCGCCGCAGCAAUAGCGACGCCCCUCGCGCCUCUGCGCGCUGCCGUGAGCCCCAUGACCCCCCUCUAAAUACCCCUCUUAACCCCCCUUCAACCCUCGCCAACCCCUAGCCGGUACUAGGGUAUGUUUUGUGUUUUUGUACAGCGCUUGAUCUGAUUUGGAAGAAUAAAAAGAAAAGUAAUAACUGUACAAGUAAUUUAAUGUAUUUCAUUCUUUCACUUCAUUAUAUAGAAUGUGUUUUAAUGUUAUAUUUAAUAGCUAAGAGAAAUUUUAUGUUUUUCUGUGCUAAUUAUUAUUGUACUUAUUAUAUUUUCUAUCUGAAUUUUGUAAUUUCUAUGUUCCUUUUCUCGCUAUACAUUAAUGUUUACAAUUAAUAAUUUUUUUACUUUAAAAAUAUAUUAUUAUACAUUAAAUUUAUAAACUUUUUAAACUUAUUAAAUACAACAUAGAAACACAUUUUAAUCAAGCAAAGCAAAGCAAAGCAUUAAGAAUCAUUAUAAAAAGGCGUUAUUUUAAUUUUAAAAAUGUAUAGAUUACAUGAAAGGUGACCCAGUGAUUUUAUUUUAUAUACUUUGACGUCAUUGCCUACGUCUGUACACUAGUUCAAACUGUUACCCAGGUGCACUCGAGCGCGACUGUACACGCAGUGUUUCAGUUUUUCAAUCUGGUGAUUUAAAAAAAAAAUAGAAAACGUUUUUCCAAAGAGUGUUGAAAAGCAGUGCGUAGCGAAUACAUGGACUUAAAUAGUUAAGUGUGUAUAUUAUACCUACAACUAGAUUUAUUACGUAAACGGGUGACGUCAUAACGUGGAGUGACGUCACAGGGAAGCGGACGUCACCGACGACGAUGGCCCCAAAGACUUUGGGAUAUCCACAAUUGUAAAAUAGCCUAGAUUUAUGUAUAGGUACCUUUAGUAAUAAACAUAGUAUAUGGAAAAAAAGAUAUUUUUAAUUACCGAUUUUAAAUAUUAGUUCUUUUUUUCGCUGCCAUAAGCGUAGGCUAUAAGAUACCGGAGUCCAUUUUUUUUUUCUUUGUUAAACAAACAACAUGGCAACAUCGCUCGUCCUAUCGUUUUGGUCUAUUUUUAUUUUCACUUUGGAGUUUUAGUUUUAUCAAAACGUGCUCAGCCUCUGAAGUUUUAACGCUUGACAAUAAAAACUUGAAAGUGGACUUCGGAUAUAUCAAGUUACAUUUAGGUUUGAGCGAUCGAUUAAGGUUCGAGAGAUUUUCGCAUUGGUUCGUAUUCAAAAUCGAUUUUAUUUGAUUUAUAAUUGUAUUUCCGACAUUGAUUUUUUAAAUGAAAUCAAUUAUAAAUCGAAAGAAGCUUCGUUUUUGACAACGAAUACGAAAAUCACUCGAUGUGAAAAGAAUGUGCUAAUCGAUAUAUUGAUUUUUUUGUAAAUGUACAAUAAUAUAAUGAAAAAGUACUACUUACUACAUAUUUGCUGCGCAAAGCCAAAUAAGGUCUUAUUUUUCAGUUUAUAUGUAUUUGCGAAUAUUUAUUUAAAGUGAAACUCGAAAAAUAUAACUGAAAUUUCUUGUGGAACAUUUAUAAAGGGGGUGAAAUCCCCCUUCCGCAAGAAAUUUUUGUUAUAUUUUUUUAGAUGAAUUUUUCCAUGGAAGCCCUGUUAUUUAUUGAAAAAUGAAAAUAUUACUUAAAAUUUCUAUUUAGUACUUCUAAUUUAUUUAUUUAUAUACUGCAUCUCAAAUUUUGAUUUAAAAAAAAAAAUAAAAAUCAUGCUAACAUUUGUUUCACUUUGAGUAUAUAAUCUUACUUUUGUGUUAGUUCUUUUCUAUCGAAAUUUCAAAUUUCUUUACGAUUGAAUGGAAAUAAAAUUGAUUUUCUAAAAUUCCAUUACAUACAUUAAUUUCAAAUAUAUCAAGCUAAUAGAAAAGCUUGUUUAAAAUGUGAUUUGGCUUUGCGAGGCAAUAUAUUGUUAUUUGGCUGCUAACUUAUAUAUUACGUACUUAAGAAUAUUAUUUUAAUCUCCAAAACUCCAGUGAAAUUAUUUUCUUUUUUUUUUAAAACAGGUUAAUACGCUUUUGCGUAUUUUUAAUUUUUAAUUUUAUACACGUUUAUUUUUAUUUAAAUGUAGCUUUAUUGUUGUUUGAUUCUGUAUGAAUUUACCUACAAUCGAUUUUUUUAAAUACAAAGUUUACUAUAUGAAUAGUUUUUUUUUUUCAAAUUAAUUAUGAACUUGAAUAAAUUUGAUGAUUUUUUUUUAUUUAUCAAAAUAAACUGUAAAUAUCUGCCCAUUUUUGCAUGAUUUUUAAUUAGCUUUACACAUUUGAGUAAUGCGGAUAUAUAAACUUUUUAUAUAGUAAACUUUAUUUUACUAAAAGUUUCGACAUUUUUUUCAAUGUUUAGUUAAAUGAGUGAAAAGGGGGAAAUAUUUUUCGGCAUCUAAUAAAUAAUUGUAGCAUAAAUAUACAUACUAUUUAUGCGAUUACGUAAAUGCCAUAUUAUUUAAUAAUUAUUGUCUAAUUUAUAGUUUAAAUUCUGCAUAAUACCGAUUUGGAAACAUAAUAAAUUAACAAAAAAAAAUAUCAUGACGUAAUCACGUAAUUUGUAUAUAAAAAAAAAAUAUAUGAUAUUUAAUUUUGAAGCUCAAUAUUUCGAUGGUAUAAAAUUUUUAUGUAUUUUGUAGAUGCAUUUGGGAGAUUUUUUUUUUUAAUUAAAUAAACAAAUCGAUUUUGUAUGAUAAUCUUUUUUUUAUAUAUAAACGAUCGCUUUAAUACAUGACAGCGCUUUAGGAGGGUAGGACGAUGAUAAAUCUUUACAUUAUGAUUGGAGCAAUUGCUAAUUGUACUCAAAGUAGUCCAUGGAUUACGCAAAGUACAGUUUCUGCAGCUGUUUAAUGUAUAUUUUACGAACGAACUCCUUUUUAGGCAAAUUUGAUCGUUGGAGGUAAAAAGAAAUAUUCACUAUAAUACAUAUAUUAGUCCGUAACUGUCGAAUCUGCCCAAAAACGAUAUCGUUCGCAAAAAUACUGUAGUUCUAAACUCUGUAUUAUAUAGUUUUAAGGUUAAUUUUCAUUUGAUAGUUGAUUUUCCUUGACAAUAUGGUGGAUAUAAUGUCUCACAAGAUGGCCGACUAGUCUGGUACGGUUAGAAAAACAAAUCUGCCUUCAUACUAAAUUUUAUAUAUUUGGGACAGUAUAGAGAAAAAAUGCAAAUAUUUUUUUGGAAAGCAAGAACAUUUUUGUAAAGCAUAACUUUAGUUAAUUUAAACUAACAUCCAUAUUGGUACUAAUUAAUGAUUUAUUAUUUUAUUAGGCACACAAAUAUUAAAUUUAAUUUCAAAGGAACAUAUUUCAUAUUUACAAAAUUAGAUUUUCGAAUCUCAACUCACGAGUAUAUUAUUUUAAAUUGACUUACCUUUCUCUAUUGACCAUGUCUAUGUUCAAUGUAUAGAGUUAGAAAAAUAAACUACCUAAAUAUCUUAUGUCAGAUUUUUCAUGCAGCUGAAAAUUCAGAGCACUCUGUGGACACAAGAAUCCAUCCUGUUCCAAAUAAAUAAAAGAGCCCCUUGCACGAAAGAGAGUCGAAAGUUGAUUGACAAUUAUUAAAAGUUCAAAAUAUUUUUUUAGUAUUGUAUUUUUUGUAGUUUCUAAGUGAUCACUUAAUCAUUGCGACUUAGUUUUUAGUUGACUUUCUCUUCCAUUUAGCGUUAUUGUAUAAGUUCUUUUUUAUUUUAAUUAAUUAAUUAUUAUUAUUGUCUAAUAUUAUGAUUUUUUUUUUGUUGUCCGUACAUACAGUGUGUAUGUAAUAUGGCAGGUUUAUAAAGACACGAUCGAAAAUAAUGGUACAUAUGUAUUUUAUGGGACCUAAACCCACUUGUAUCGCCGGCUUUUUAUCGCUUUAUAUGGCCACCGGUUGUAUCAUUCGUAAGAGACAUAACCCGAGCCCUAAUCGUGAUUGACAUUGAAAGGGUACAUACUAGGGAAAUGCAUUAUGUGCAGUCAAAUUGGACACUAUAUAAUACAUUGCCAAAUUUGACAUCACAGAUUGCAAUUACAAUUUCAAUGUUAUAACGAAUGUAUGUACAUGUUAAAACGGUCAUACAAUUAAAGAAAGUACAUCUAAUAUUUGGAUGUACUCUGUGAACUAAAUAUGUACUAUAAUGUAUUAGGGUGUAACUUUUCGGGAAAUAUGUGGGUUAUUGGUCACAGCAUCUGCAAUCUUCGAUUCUCUAUACCUAUAAGACGUCAAAAUGUAUGUUACAAAUGACAGAUUAUAAUUAUAAUAUCUUUAUUUUUUCAGUUACAAAUGAGUUGGUUAUAAAAAUUAAUGAAAGUAUUCAGUUUUGUCCGCAUGCUUUGCCAUAAAAUACAUAUGUAUUUGUUUUUUUUUUUUGUAUUCGUGACUGUACCAUCAAUGAUAAUUUAUUUAAGGCACUGGAGGUAUUCUGUUCUGUUCCGUGAACAAUCCUGGAGAUUGUGUACCAAUGAGGCUUGUAUCUGCAACAUUUUGUUUAGACUGUCGCCCGUCGGUCGGCCGGGUCGCCUCCGUGCCGGUGACUGUCCGGUGUCGGUCCGGCCACGGGGCGUUUGUUCAGUUCAAAUGCAUAGUUUAAAAAUAUAAUUACAAGAAAGCUCUAAUUAUAAAAAUGAAUAAUAUUAAUUAAAUAUAAAUGUGCCAUUCAUUUUGCUA